AGGGCAGCCUCAGCGGGCGAGCGGGCGCGCGCGCGCGCACGGCUUCGCGCCAAUGCCAGUGGCAGCCGCGGCCCAGGCCUGGCAGGACGCUGCCGCGGGCGGCCCUGCUCCGCUCUGGGGCCUCUGCGGCGGUGGCGGCUCGGCGGCCUCGGACGCCCCCGCGCAGAUGGCCGGGUUCAGGGGCGGGCGCGGUGCGGCCGCGCCCGGGGGCGCCGCCGCCGCCCUCGUCACGGGCUCCCGGCGCCGGCGGCCCAGCGCGUUCUCCGAGAACCAGGAGACCGUGUGCCCCGAGGGCUUCCGGUGCAUCUCCCGGGUGGGCCGGUUCGGCUACGGGCACAGCGGCAAGGUCAGAAAGGGCCUGGAGAAGGGCGUUCCCGAGUCCGAGUUGAACGACUACGAGUGGGGCUGUCCCGUCCACGGCGUGUGGAAGCCAGACUCGUUCGAGGCGGGCAAGGAGGACGGGCUGUGCCGUGAGGACAGGGACUGCCUCUGUGCCUCUCGCGGCUGGACCGAUGGCUACAGCACGCUGGAGGGUGGCAAGGAGAAGAUAACCGGGAAGUUCGAAUAUCAGCUGGGAACGCCGGCUGGGGGCACAUCCAAAAAGGAUCUCACGUUGACACCGCAUUACCCGAUGCGGAAGAUGCCAGACGAGCCGCUGUUUGACAUUGCGAACCCGCACUCUGAUUUCGGCAAGGUGAGCUGGCUACCGAGAGAGGAGUGGCUCAAGGAGUUCAAGCAACAUGCGCCACGGGUACAACUGGCCAUGGACCAACUUCGAGAUUGGAUAGAUGCCACCAACAAGAAUAAUGUGAAAAACAAAAUCCCACCGGAAACGGGCAAGCCGAUCCUUUGUAUAUCGACCCUAACACCCAAAGACGCGUUUGGUAAGCCGAUCGGUGAGCCAGCGUUUUCAUCGAGCGAGGUGCAGGACGUCGCAGGACGGCUGAGGCGUUUUCAAUCUCUGAUGCACGACUGCAAGAAGUUGAGAGACAACGUGGCCAAGCUUUCGCCCGGAACCAUGUCCGACGACGUCAAGUUUGGCGAGGGUGGGAAUUACCGCGGGAAUCGACUGAAUUGCUAUAAGAAGGACGGCGAGCAGGAGUGUUUGCAGUUGAAUUGCUAUACAGAUGAUGUGGACAUGGCGCUCCGUCAUCGUGUCCGAGACUGGAAGUCGCAGGUCGACGAGUGCGUCUCGGAGGAGCUGUACAAGUUGAAGAUGAGAAAGAAUGAUGGGACCGAGAAGGCCACGGCGACGGCGCAGGCCCCUGGGCAGCCGGCACUGCAGCCGCAGCCGAACCACGUGGCCGAGGCGCACGGCGAGGCCGCAGACGGCGUCGCGGGCGAGGCCCACCGCGCGUCUUGCGGCCCCGUCCUGGCGCUCUGCGCCCUCGCCCGCCCGCGCGGCGCGGCGCGGCCGCGAGCGGGCGCUGCGCGGAGGCCCCGCCCCGCGGCGUCGCGGGCCCGCCACGACGCCGCGGCCUUCCUGUGAGCCUCAGCCGCGCCGCGCCGCGCCGCGCCAGCCGCCCGCGUGGCCAGUCGAGGUGCCGCCAGGGGCCGGGAGCGACAGAA